AUGGAACGGCAUGGCUCCGCGGGGAAAGCAGAGCCGUUUCACCUGGCGGGGGCCGGGGGGCAAUCAGGCAUAGGCGCAGCUGCGCGGGCUGGGGGACAGCAAGGGGCGCGGGGAUCACACUCGGGGGCUUGGGCGGGGCAACCGGGGGAAUGGGCGGGGGAGGGGGGGGCGGGAUGGGACGGGGACUGGCUGGGGGAGGCGCGGAGGCGGGCGGGGGCGUGGGAGGGGCGCGCACUGACGGUGGUGAGUGUGUUCGACGGGUGCGGCGCCAUCUGGCAGGCGCUGCACGACUGUGGCAUUCCCUUCCAUGGCGUCAGCUCUGAAAUCGCGCUCCUAAACAACAAGCGCCCAGUUGGUGAAGCAAAGGUGGCCAAGCUGACUGUGAGAAUACUCACAAGUGACUCAAAAGGCGGCCCUCUCCCUCGCCUCUCCCUCUCCUCUCCCUCGCCUCUCCCUCUCCCUCGCCUCUCCCUCUCCUCUCCCUCGCCUCUCCCUCUCCCUCGCCUCUCCCUCUCCUCUCCCUCGCCUCUCCCUCUCCCUCUCCUCUCCCUUGUGCAGGAUCCGUUCGCAGCGGAGGUGGUGAGACACAGGUGGCCGGCCGUGCAGCAUGUGGGGGACAUCACCGCCCUCACCCCCGCCACCAUUCACUCCGCCCUCACUGCCGCUGCUGCUGCUGCUAGUGGUGCCACUGCUGCUGCUGCUGCUGCUGCUGCCUCUGCUGCGCACACCAAGGAGCUUCGAUCAAGAAAGUGCAAGGAAGCUUCACCGGAUGUUCCCGCUGGCGUCCAGGUGGACCUGCUAGUGGGCGGCUUUCCUUGUCAGGAUCUGAGCAGCAUGAACAGAAACAGGGUGGGAACCCUUUACGUCCCGCCCUUACUCAUCCCCUCUCCCUCCCUCGCUCUCCCUCCUAUGCCCUUUCCUUCCCUCCCUGCCCUGACCUUUCCUCGCCCUGCCUCUCUCGCCCUGCAUCUCUCGCCCUGCAUCUCUCGCCCUGCAUCUCUCGCCCUGCAUCUCUCGCCCUGCAUCUCUCGCCCUGCAUCUCUCGCCCUGCAUCUCUCGCCCUGCCUCUCUCUCCCUGCAUCUCUCGCCCUGCAUCUCUCUCCCUGCAUCUCUCGCCCUGCAUCUCUCGCCCUGCAUCUCUCGCCCUGCAUCUCUCGCCCUGCAUCUCUCUCCCUGCAUCUCUCGCCCUGCAUCUCUCGCCCUGCAUCUCUCGCCCUGCAUCUCUCGCCCUGCAUCUCUCGCCCUGCAUCUCUCUCCCUGCAUCUCUCGCCCUGCAUCUCUCGCCCUGCAUCUCUCGCCCUGCAUCUCUCGCCCUGCAUCUCUCGCCCUGCAUCUCUCGCCCUGCAUCUCUCGCCCUGCAUCUCUCUCCCUGCAUCUCUCGCCCUGCAUCUCUCGCCCUGCAUCUCUCGCCCUGCAUCUCUCGCCCUGCAUCUCUCGCCCUGCAUCUCUCGCCCUGCAUCUCUCGCCCUGCAUCUCUCGCCCUGCAUCUCUCUCCCUGCAUCUCUCGCCCUGCAUCUCUCGCCCUGCAUCUCUCGCCCUGCAUCUCUCGCCCUGCAUCUCUCGCCCUGCAUCUCUCGCCCUGCAUCUCUCGCCCUGCAUCUCUCGCCCUGCAUCUCUCGCCCUGCCUCUCUCGCCCUGCAUCUCUCGCCCUGCAUCUCUCUCCCUGCAUCUCUCGCCCUGCCUCUCUCUCCCUGCCUCUCUCUCCCUGCAUCUCUCGCCCUGCAUCUCUCGCCCUGCAUCUCUCGCCCUGCAUCUCUCGCCCUGCAUCUCUCGCCCUGCAUCUCUCGCCCUGCCUCUCUCUCCCUGCAUCUCUCGCCCUGCCUCUCUCUCCCUGCAUCUCUCGCCCUGCAUCUCUCGCCCUGCCUCUCUCUCCCUGCAUCUCUCGCCCUGCAUCUCUCGCCCUGCAUCUCUCUCCCUGCAUCUCUCGCCCUGCAUCUCUCGCCCUGCAUCUCUCGCCCUGCAUCUCUCGCCCUGCAUCUCUCUCCCUGCAUCUCUCGCCCUGCAUCUCUCGCCCUGCAUCUCUCGCCCUGCAUCUCUCGCCCUGCAUCUCUCGCCCUGCAUCUCUCUCCCUGCAUCUCUCGCCCUGCAUCUCUCGCCCUGCAUCUCUCGCCCUGCAUCUCUCGCCCUGCCUCUCUCGCCCUGCAUCUCUCGCCCUGCAUCUCUCGCCCUGCCUCUCUCUCCCUGCAUCUCUCGCCCUGCAUCUCUCGCCCUGCAUCUCUCGCCCUGCAUCUCUCGCCCUGCAUCUCUCGCCCUGCAUCUCUCUCCCUGCAUCUCUCGCCCUGCAUCUCUCGCCCUGCAUCUCUCGCCCUGCAUCUCUCGCCCUGCCUCUCUCUCCCUGCAUCUCUCGCCCUGCCCUCUCACGCGUUCACCCUCACCAUGCAUGUGCCAGGCUACACGGCCCGCACAGUGGCCUUUUCUUCCACCUCCUGCGCCUCAUCCAGCACCUCUCCCCCAAACGGUUUCCUUUUUCCUGCCCUCCCCUGCACCUCCUCCCCUCUUCCCUGCCCCGCAUGUGCGUCCCUGCUCUUUCACAUGUUCAAUCAACCCCUCACCAUGCAUGUGCCAGCCUGCACGGCCCUCGCAGCGGUCUCUUCUUCCACCUACUGCGCCUCAUUCAACAGCUCUCGCCCCGAUGGUAACCGCCUCUUUCCCCUAAAGAGUGAACUGCUACCCAGAUGGUGA